AUGUCGUAUUCUGAAAAUGGUUUUAGCUGCAGCCUCCAGUACAGCAUAAUCUUCGUAUAUCUUUUCUUAAUGUUGCAGACCAUUGUGGUUGUAUCUUGCCCAAUGUUUGUGUCAUUACAGCCUGUCGUCGUGGGUGGUCAUUCCUUGAUAACUAAUUGUCAAGAACCAGUACGAUCUAAAAUGAUCCCUGUUUCUGAAGGGUUCUCAUUCAAUGUUUUGCAACUGGCUUUCGGUUUACGUGGGUUAAAAAAUAGCGUUAUCCUCACCAUAAUUUCUCAACAAACUCUACUAUGUUUCAUCUCGUGCACUAAAAUGCUUUCACUGUUUUGCAGCUGCUUUAGAGAUAGUCAUGUAACAGUUUCUCCCUGGUCUCUUGCCAAGUUAUGUCGUCUCUCUUCUAGCAAGCAAAUCCAGAAAAAAAAGUCUCGUUUUCUUGAAGACUGGGCUGAAUUAUGGAAUGCAAUGACUUUGCGGUUGUCCAAUCAACGAGUCUUUAAAUGGAAAGUUAAUUCUGGCGGCAGGCUGAAACUAUGGAUUUUUCAAUUUAUAAAUCGUUAUUACCUGCUUAUGAAGAUUGGAGAGAAGUUCGGUAGACUCAUGAAGCCGAAUAUAGAAAGUUUGAUUAGCAAACUGGUAAUUAAGGCAAUUGAUUCACGUCGUACAACAAAUAAGUCUCUAUCUGAACUCUAA